UGCAAAAUUUGGGUAAUAUAUUUCUUCAUUCUUCUUCUCUCUAAUCUAAUGGAAAAUGAAAUGAAAUGGAAUGGAAUGGAAUGCAAUGAAAUGCAAUAAUAAUGUCUGGUGUCGUAGCUGAAGAGCAUUUGUCGGCGAGUGAGACACCGUGUGUGCGAGCGUGGUCUCUGGAUUAACAGCCUGCAUCUUGUCAGAUAAUUACAUACAGUCGUCCUCUCCGCAGAAUUUGUCUUCUGCUCAACCAAGAACAACAACACUGCUUUUCCACUUCUCAUCACUAGUCUCCCUCAACCGCCUAUUUUGCCCCCACUCCGGUCUCUUCUCCUCUGUAUCACAAUGCGUUGAGUUGGAGGAAAUUUGGCACUAGAUCCAGUUGAUUGAUUGAAAGAUGAAGUUUGGAUCAAAGAAAGGAUGGAAGCCAAAGAUGCCUCUGAGGCUGAAAGGAAAAUCAGCCAUGCGUUUCUGUUUGUUUCCCAAAGUAAAACCAGCUAAUAAUUAUGGUCCUGGCAAGAUGCCAGUGUAUCUCAAUGUCUAUGACUUGACACCAAUGAAUGGAUACGUUUACUGGGCUGGUCUCGGCAUUUUUCACUCUGGUGUUGAAGUUCAUGGUGUAGAAUAUGCAUUUGGAGCUCAUGAAUUUUCUUCUAGUGGUGUCUUUGAGGUUGAACCCCGUCAAUGCCCGGGAUUCAAGUUUAAGAAGUCUAUAUUAAUCGGAACUACAGACUGGGAUGCGGUUCAGGUAAGGCAAUUCAUGGAGCGUUUUUCUGCCAACUAUAAUGGCGACACUUAUCAUUUGAUCGCCAAGAACUGCAACCAUUUCUGCAAUGACAUUUGCCAGAUGCUGACAAGGAAAUCAAUUCCAAAGUGGGUAAACCGCCUCGCAAAAUUAGGAUCAAUGUUCAAUUGUAUGCUUCCCAAUGCCCUGAAAGUAGAACGCGGUGAUCCCGGUGAGAAGACGAGGCUAAGAACAUCAUUUAAUUGCUUGUCUUCUAUCUCAUCAAGACAAAGGCAGUUAUCGAAAUCGUCAAUGCUGUUGCAAUCGCCGCUAAAAGGCUGCUUGCCUCCAUACGAAUUGAGAAAAGUCUUGAAGUAGAAACUGGUUUUCUUUAUUCAAACUUGUCUCUUAAACAUGAAUGUGUUCAAAUUUGUGUGUAGAAGCUCAGGCUAGUUAUGUAACAUAUUUGUGUUCAUGGAUUGAAGAACAAAUAUAUUGUUAUUAUUAUUA